UUUAUGCGUUAUUGAAAUAUAUAAACAAUUUAAUAUUAUUAAUAAUGAAGAAUGUAUCAAUAAAUAUGAACGUGAUAUGCAAUUAUUAAAUUAUUUAAUAACAUAUAAACGUAAAGCGGAAGUGCAACAAGAUGAAAUUUCUCUAUGGAAAAAAAAAUAUCAGGAUUCAAUUAAUUUACCUGAAAUAUCAAAAACGCGUUUACCAUUCAUCACUAACCAAGACCUACUAUUAAAAAUCAUACGACCAGAAUUAAACAUCUACACAUGUGAACAAUGGAUACAUAUUGGACGUAUACUUAAAUUCAAUAAAGACCAACUCUACGUUUAUAGUAUUAAACAAACAACAUUACACUUAAACAAUACAAAAUCCACAAAUUGUAAUAUUAAUGUACUACAUUUAAAUAUAUUGGAUCAAAUAUUAAAUCUGGCAAAAAAUAUUGAAAACAUACAAUUAUCAAUGGGUGUUUUGUAUCAUGUGACAAACGAAAUACCGAUUCAUAUGUUGGGUGAUCGAUUGUAUGCUGCAGAACAUAGUUAUGACUAUGCUAAAGAGGUAAUAUUGGAUCACAAUCAGAGCAAUGAAUUUGAAGCAUAUCAAGAUAGCAAUGAUACACCAUGUAUUGAGAAUAUUAAGAAAUUAUAUGAAAAUACUAAAUGUUUAUACAUCUUAUAUAAUAAUGGCAUUAUAAAUAAUAUUCAUGUAUAUAGUGAUAAAAUGAAUAAUAUUGAAUUAUUAAUGAAAACGUUAUACGAACAUGAAAGUAUUAUUAAUAACGAUAGCAGCAAUAUUGAUUGUAAUAAACCAAAUAUAAAUGCAGCUACUGAGGAAAUCGCUCAACUCUACCAAUUUAAUAUCAGUAAAUAUCGUUUUGAUUUAAUCGAACAAUUGUUACAACAUAAUAACACAAACAUGUCCUACAACCAUACAAUUGAUGAUUUCCAUAUGAUUAUUGAAUCAACAUUUAAUUCGAAUACUACUGAUGCUGAUAUUACUAAAAUAUGUUAUAUUUUACAAUCGAUACCAAUUCAAGAUGCCAUUCAAUAUUUAAUUAAUUUGGGAAUUAAGUAUGAGGAUCGUAUAUUAUUCGAUUUGAAUCCUACCACUAGACAGUCGUCGCCAAGUAAUGACAAUAAUUAUGAUGAUCAAACAUUUGCAAAUAUAACAUUUACAUUUAAUGGUAAUUGUGAUUCUGGCGAACAAAGUGAAGUGUUCGAUCGUACAGAUUGUUUUAGUAAUACAAAUAUUCAUAUUAAUAAUCCGUUACGAUAUAAAGCAUUAAAAUGUUUAAUGUCUAUUGCAAGUGACGAGGAAAUUCUUCAGUAUAUGAAAUCAGACAAUGGCGAUGAUUCAACGCCAAUGGAGUUUAUUUAUAAAUAUAUUCGUACAUUAUGGUAUAUAAUACAAAUAGAAUCGUUUGGGAUAACAUCAUAUACCAUUCAAAGAUUAUUAACAUGUGAUAAAUUACGUUUAAUCAACGAUUUGUAUGCAAAAUAUUUAAAACAAACCACAACAAAUUCAAUAACUCGACAUCAUUGUGAAUGA